AUGGGAGCCGGUGCGAGCACACCAUCUGUGGACCCGCCUGCGGCUGGAGCAUGCCCUGUUGACCACAAAACCCGCGAGGCCUGGCUGCAACAACACAAAGCAUCCGGCGGUGGUGCUCCUCCUCACCCUCUACCGUCAGAAGAUGGGCAAUCGACGGGGAAAUCCCAACGACCCCUCUCCACCGACCGUGAAGUGAGCAGUAUACCGCGAGCCAUUGACCCUACAUCCCAGCCAUCGAAUGCCGAGUCUCCGAAUGCGCCCGCAUCACCAUAUGCCUCGCCUGCCGCAUCGCAUGGAUCUCCCUCGAAUGCCGAAGCCGAAACAGGCCAUGACUCAAACACCGGGAACUGGAUCUAUCCGUCAGAACGACAAUUCUUCGAAGCGCUCGUGCGCAAGGGCAACACUCCUAACUCCACGCACUCCGCCUCCGAACUCGCAACCACUGUCGCAUCGAUUAUUCCUAUCCACAACGCCGUCAAUGAGCGCGCCUGGCAGCAGAUCUUGGAGUGGGAAAACCGGGCUCCCAUGUCUGACCCUGGUAGUAAAAAGUGUGGCGGCCCAAAGCUGUACGCCUUCCGGGGUCUCGGCGUCGACCCGCAGUUCCUCAGCCCCCGCGCCCGUGUAAACAACUUGAUGGGCUACCAGCUCCCCUUCGAUCGACACGACUGGGUUGUAGAGAGAUGCGGUGGUGAGAGGGUUGAAUACGUCAUCGACUUCUACCAAGGGAAAACUUCGGGUGGAAACAAUGCGGCCGGCCUGGCUGCCAACGCUGGUCCGGGCAAGCUCAGUUUCUACCUAGACGUACGACCCAAGUUGAACUCAGUGGAGGGCUGUCGGAUGAGAUUCAGCCGUUUCAUGGGGCUAUAA